UUCAGAUGAACUGGAUCAUGGGGCUCUAACACACGCCCACAACAGCAGCAUCACUGUGCUGCACCACAGAGAGAGAGAGACCAGCCUCUUCUUCCAUCUCUCACUCUUUCUCUCCCUGUCUGUCUCAUUCUGUCUCAUAUUCAAAUGCACACAAGUAGACAGACACGUGCAGCAGGGAAGAUCUGAGUGUUGGGUCGCUGAGCAUUCGGGGGGGGGGCCCUCCCCUUCUUCUUCUUUCUCUCACUCUCUCACUCCCUCUCCCUGUUCACCUUGUCUGUUCCGGCUGUAUGGUUUAUUGUUGCGUCAGAGCCAAAGAGAGCCAGCGAGAAGCAUGCCGGGGGAGAACGCUCACAGAUCUGUGCCCACCGACAAACAUCCAGAGCAGGCAGCUGAGGAAACAGGGCUUCCUGGACCAGACAUGACCAGACACCCGUCUACUGACUCCACCCCUAGUGACAGCGGCUCCUCCCCUAGUGACAGUGGUUCUAGCCCUUCUCCUAGUACUCCUCAGAAGCUUCUCCCAGCAUACACCUCUCCAUUUGGACCACGAAUAUUUCAUGCAACCCCUAGCUCCUCUGGUACCCCAAGACCUCAACCUGAAGGCUCUGACCAUCGCAACAACACACCAAGAUUGUCUGGAAAGUUAGGUGGUCAUGGCCCAUGUGGUCGCCAUGUCCCUGUUAAAAUGGAGAGAAUCAAGGUCCUGACUGGUUCUGAGGUGGAGAGUGACUAUCAAGAGCCACAGACCAUUGACACAAGAGUGGUAAUGGGUCAAGAGACACUGAUCAAAACAACAGAGAUCCAGAAAGGGAAAUCCCUGGUUGAGCCAAGUGGUCAGGCUAUCCCUUUGCCAGCUAUCCCAAGCUUUUCAGGUCUUCAGUCACAAGGAAAAGAGAUACAGCUGGAAACCAGCAAAGAGGAAAGCCAAGCCCAAAGCCCUCAAAAACAGCAGGCUCAGCAAAAAGACCCUGUGCAGCCCCAUACCAUACUCCCUUCCCCUUUUCACAACCCUGUUUUGCCAUCCUCCUCCCCAGAGCCAAUCACAACAGAUGACCGUUUGAUGGACAACCAGGAAGCGGGUCAGAUCCUUUCUCAAGACGAAGUGCCUUCCCUCCCUUUAUCUGAGCUGGCCUGUCCAGUUGCUUUGUCCUUCUCUGAGCCAGCCUAUACUGUUGACCCACUUCGAGUGGGUGUGCCCUCAUCUCUUGACCCUGACCUGUACUAUACUGCCCCUUCCACCCCAAUCAAGAUGGCUUCUCGUUCUUCGCACCUUAAACAUCAUUCAUAUCCUGGCUCUCCAGCGUGCCCACUCUCCCCUGGCUCUCCCUCAGACAGCGAGGAACUCUGUUCCCCUCUCACUUCUCCCUCUGGCUCUUAUAUCACAGCAGAGGGAGGGAGCUGGGCCUCCUCUUACACAUCUUCCACCUCCCCCUCCACUUCUCCCAACCUGCUCCUCACAGAAGAAGCACAGGAGGCCCCUGCUUGCUUUGUGAGCUCCUUAUCAGAGAUUGGAGAUGAAGUUGCAGAGGAAAAGGGACGAGUAGGUCUAGAAAUAGCCCAGAGCAGUUCAGGGGACUUCUGCCUGUACCGUCCUGAGGAAUUUAUCAUGAAUUCACAGAUAGGUAUUACAGGGACAGUGAUACUCGAGGAGGAAGAGGCUCCAAAAGGGGAUGAAAUCAAGAUUUCCAGAGAAAGUUGUCGUCCUUGCUGGGUGACUGAGGAUACAUCCCCUCUAAGGAGCAGCAGCAGCCGUAGCAGUGACUCCCAGGAGGAUGGAGGAGAGUCUGAAAGCUCACUCUGCCCACUGGAAGAGGCCAGUGCUGGGAAAGCAGAAUACUCUAGACCCAUACAGACAGGCCUGAAACUGCAACUGGAGGCAUGUAUAUCAGAGGAACAUUAUGGACAGAUGGAUGACCACUCAGAAUUACCCUCCACUGCCUUGACUCCUGACUCAGAGAACAUGACCAUGGCCUCAUCUAGCCUUAGCCCUGACUCACCUGUCAUUCCCCUGGAUGCCUUCUGUCCUGGAGCCUUUGGUAGGCUCAGCCCCAGUUCUUUCUUGUUCUCCCAGGCAGCCUGUGCUGAUGAUAUACCAGAGGAGGAAAGGAUGAUCCCUGCCUCCCUCAUCUCCUUUCCCCUCCACACAAGCCUUAUCUUUAAGGCGGAUUCAAUGGAAAUUACCCUCUUCCCCACAGAGGAAGAGAAUGAAAUAGGAGAAGUUAAUGACAGAAAUGAAGGAAAGGAUGUUAAUGCAUAUGCAGCAGGAGAGGAGGAGGCGGAUGUUGAAGAUGACGAUGAUGAUGAAGAGGAUGAUGAUUUUGAUUAUGAUGAUGAUGAUGAUGUUGAUUUCAAUGCUAGUGGAGUUGCUGACAGGAAUAAUGAUGAUGAAAACAAUGAAGACAGUGACAAUGAGGACCAUGAUGAGGCAGGUGGGGAAGCUAAGGUAGAGGUGAAAGUGGUAGAAGGAGAGGAAAAGGAGGAAGAAGAAGAGCAGGAAAAGGAGGAAGAGAAGCGUGAUAGCAAAGCAGUGGAGGAUCCUACAGGUGAGGACAGCUCAGCAUCCUUCCUUCAUUCACUUUCAGAGACAUCAAUCAAUGAGGGGUUGGACGAAGCCUUCUGUUUCCAAGAUGAUACAGAUGACUCAUUAGAUUCUGCCUCCUAUAAUGGAGAAGAAGACGAACGUCUAUAUAGCACUGAGAGGCAUGCACAAACAUUAGAACCCACACCAGUGGAUGCACUUGAUCCAACUGAAAUCCAACCAGAACCUGAACAGGGGUCUACCAUUGGAACAGAUCAAACUGAACCUUUGCACACACAACUGAGCAAUGACAAACUAGCGGAUCACCCAAAAGCCACCUGUCUUUCUGAAGCCAUUUCUGUACACCCCAAAGACAACAAUAUAGAACCCAAACAUUUGGAUGAACCUAAACCCCCUGAACCUCAGUCAGACCCUGAACAGGAAUCUACCUUUGAAACAGGUCAGACAAAACCUUUGCACACGCAAGUGAGCACAGACCAACUAGUGGAUUGCCAUUCAGAAGCAAUUUGUUGUCAGCUGGAGUCCUCCAGCAACCUGGAUGAGAGUGGGAGUGAGAGUGAGAUGAUGGAUAUCUCUGGUUCUUCCAACCCCCUUGAGCAGCUUAAAGACAGCCCUCAUUUUAACCCUUCCACCACUCCUAUUGUCAUUCAGGCUCCACCUGACCCUGCUGCUGAGUUCCACAUCUAUCCUCCUUCUGCCACUCCCACACAGGAGAUGACAGACUUUAACAGUUCGGUUCUUCCAGAAGAAUUGACGGAGGAAAAUCCCCAGAUGAAAGAUGUUGAUUUGAAACAGAGCAAUGAUUAUUCAGGGGACGAACCCACAGAGAAACCAGAAAGAGACUCUUUCAAAUUGCUCAUCAAGCCUCGUCAUUAUCAGCCAGAAAGCCACAGGACUGUAGGAGCAAGUAGACUUGUAUUAUCAAAGUCUUUCUCCAAUAAAUCUGAGGUGCCUGGAGGAGCAGAGGCGAUGUGUAGUGACACUGAGCUUGACCAGAAGAAUGGGAAUCCCUCAGCUGAGUCUAUGAGUGUGGAGUGUAAAAACACUGAUUCUGGACCCUCUCUGAAUAUGGCCACUGCCACCAAUGACUUGAAUAAAGGUGUUCUUCUUCUCUCCUGCCCUAAAGACCCUAGUCCCAACCCCAGCAAUAUCCCUGUUUCUGCCUCUCCAGAAGUCAUCUCAGAACUUGCUGACAAUCUGGCCCUGACCCCUGAACACUGCCCCAAUGAUUCUGCCCAGGAGAACCUGAGGGAAAACACCCUCACUGCUGAUGAGGGGGUGCUGGGAGCUGUUGGAUCUCCACACUCUCCCCUUGCUAUCUCACCCAAAAGGGAAAACUCAGAAACAGACACGAGCAGGGAGAUGGCUCCUGGAGCUGGAGCAUGGUGUGAUGACAGGAUUGGGCUAGGUUUUGGUCUAGGAUUAUCAUCAGGCGCUGAGUUUGGUGUCUGGGGAGCAGGGGAGUCUCUCUCCCUGUCUCUGGGGAAGAGGUACGAGUUAGAGGCGGAGAGUCUGCUUAUGUGUGACACAGAUGGCCAGAGUACACAGAUGGCUGUGGUUCCCAACAUGGGCAGUGAAGUGUGCAAAAAUUAUGACAAUGUUCUGGGUUCUGUUCUGGAUGAGGAAGAUAACAACAGUCUAUGUGGUAAGAGGGACCAGAUGGCGGAUGAAGAAUUGGUAGGAGAAGGAGCUUCUGAGUCCAACUUGGCCCAUUGGAAGUCCAUUGAAGAGAUCUCAGAAGCAGGGGGAGGGGAGGAUGGAAGCUCCAGAUUCCCAGAAGAUGAUGUCAGUAAUCUAAAUCCAGAUAAUGAUGGAGAUAACACAGACAUGCAAAUACAAGACACCUGGAAGAAUUCUAGCAAAAACAAUGCCUUUGACUCCUUGGAAGUAGCUAUGUGUGGAAGUCUGAAUGCGCUAUCAGAGGAAGUGAGACCCCAGAGUGUGAGUGUCAAUGUCAGAGAGUCUGUGUCCAAUAUUCCACUUGAGGAGAUGCCACCUCAGGUUUCUGACACAAUUUCUAAUGAAGACGGAGAAACAACACACAGUUCCAUAAACCAGACAUCAGACACAAGACAGGUAGCGUCCUCAAAAGAAGGUAUCAGAAGUAUGUCAGUACCAUUAGUUGAAACUCACGGGAACAAAGCUGUAACAAACCAACAUCUCAGUUCAACCGAUAAAACCAAGUCAAGAUGUCAUACUAGUCCAGAGUGUCACACAAGCACUCCGGAGAGUAAUAAAGCAUUUUCUUUGCUACAUGGAUCAUUUGGCUCCUUUACUCCUAAAUGUAAAUCUAAUGAAUCAAGACCAAGUAGAGCUUGUAAAGACAAGAUGGAAAAUUCUGGUUCUCUGUCAGAACCAGAGGUGGUGGAGCCUCACACUGAAGGCCAAAGAAAAGUUGAUGUCAGUCCUGUGACUGAAAGACUUGUUAAUGAACCAAAGACUGAAGAUGCCUUUAGAGGACAGCAGUGUGUUGUUUGUAACUCAGGGGAAGAAGAUGAGGAAGAAAAAUCAGAAGACAAAGCUAAAAGAGGCGAAGAGAAAGAUAAGAAGAACAAAAAAGGAAUAACAACCUCUCCUGCACCGAAUGGUCCAGAGCACUUUGUGUGUCACACCCCUAAAGGGGAACUUUGCACAGAUAAACCACUUGCUGCUAAGAAUGGGAGGAGAGGGAAGCAGAACAAACACAGGGCAUCUCAGAAAGGCAGUCAUGCUGAUUCGAGCCCUGAAUCAGUUGAUGAUCCAAAGAAACCUUCUGUUCCAUUAAAUGCUGCUGCAGAUGGAUGGUCAAAGGGGGUCGCAGACAAUUCUAAAACUAAAAAAGGCAGAAAAGCAAAAAACAAAGCUCCAUUGCCGUACUGUCAAAAGAGGACAUCUGAGACAGACAAUGCAGAAUCUGGUUCACAGAUACAGGGGGAUGACAGUCGCAGUUCUAGCCAUGGAUACUGCAACUCUGCCACACAUAAACCAGACAACCUCAAUGUGGCGGCAAUGAACCAAGAAUUACAUCAGAAACAGGAAGUGCUUGAUAACAGACCACUAUCUGAUAAUCAGGGGGGAAGCACAGUGGACAUUAAUGACAACAACAUAGAUACUGGCCACAGCCCACCUUCCCAGGAUACCAUAUCAUAUUAUCUGGCUCCACUUUCUUCCUCAACAUCUCCCGUUUCCUCCUCCUCCCCUCUACCUUGUGCCUCCACAGAUCCAGAGGAUAAUCUUCCCACACCUGUGCAGGAAUCCCAACCUAUUGUCUCAGCCAAGUCUUCACACACCAUGUGCCCCAUCUCCCCUUCAAUUUGCUCUAUAUCUCCCACAACACAACAAGAUUCCCAAUUUCUUUCUAACAACAACCUCCAAGAGGUCACUGAUGUCCUUUCUACAUCAACUACAUCUGCCACAAGUGUCUCUUCACCCUCAUUCUCCACUGCCAUGCUGUUAAGCCUGUCCCAGCCCACCCAAGAGUCGUCUUCACCUGGGUCUGGGACUCUGGAUUCAGCAUGUGUUCCAGACCCUACUUCCGGUGCCCAGUCCUAUUCACAGUCUCAGCCUAAUCUCAACAUCCAGCCUCACAAACAAAUCGAGGAAGGUCGCACAUGGAGCACACAAGACAGGUGCAGAGGUCCCAGUUUUGCUGAGGAAGAGACAGACAGUGAGGAUGAUGGUCAACUGCCUCAGCGUGGUCACAGAUCCCAGCCCAGAGGAGUUGCAGGAAACAGAAAUGGAUAUAUGCAGAAAGAGUCUGGUCCAUCCAGUCAACGGGAAAUACAGCCUUUCUCUGCCCACCAAAUAGCCGACAGACACUCAGGCUGUCCAAUCAACCACAGCCACAAGAUUUCUGAAGACAUCGACCUAUCCUUCAAAAACAAUUGUUCCAUUUUGGCUUCCUGUAAUGAGUCUGAGAGUGAGGGGUCAGUGCCUGAGCUAGAGGAGCCAGAGCCAUUGAGACCAUCAGAGCCCCAGUCUAUCUCCUCUGCAGAUGAAGGGCUAAACAGACCAAAACAGAGCCGCAGUGAGAAGAAGGCCCGCAAGGCUAUGUCUAAACUGGGUCUGAAGCCGGUCCACGGUGUGACCAGAAUCACCAUUCGGAAGUCCAAAAGUAUCUUGUUUGUUAUCAGCAGACCAGAUGUGUUCAAAAGCCCCGCAUCAGAUAUUUACAUUGUAUUUGGCGAAGCAAAGAUUGAGGAUCUGUCUCAGCAGGCUCACAAAGCAGCCGCAGAGAAAUUCAAGGUGCCUGUGACCUCAUCUCCCUUGGCCCCACCUGUCCCACCUAGCCUCACCAUCAAGGAGGAGAGUGAUGAGGAGGAAGAAGAGGUGGAUGAGGGAGGUCUUGAGCAGAGGGACAUUGAGCUGGUGAUGGCUCAGGCCAAUGUGUCAAGAGCCAAGGCUGUCCGUGCACUGAAACACAACAAGAAUGACAUUGUGAACGCUAUCAUGGAGCUGACCAUGUGAGUGGUGAUGAUUUGACUCCUGUACCCCUCCUCCAGCCUAUAAAGCCUAAACGCCACUGAUUCUUCUGUAUCGCUGCUACUGUAUGUUGCAUCCCCAAAAUCUGCUAAAUAAAGUUUGUUCCAAUGUGGGCUGUGACUGCACUGUAAGACUGAUUUUCCUGAAGAUAUUGCAGCUAGUUUGGUGUAACUUGUUUUAACAUUAGGAGCAGCACAGUCCUUAAUAUUCUGCAAAUUCACAAGGCCUGUUUUUUCCUUACCCCAUUUUCAGAAUUAGCACAUUGAGUUUAUGUGUAAUGAAAAGUGCUAAAUUAAGUAAAAUUGCCAUUGCCAUAUCUACAAAACAACCCCCAUGCUUUUUUUAUUUUUAUUUUUGCCAAUCUUUAACGUCAAAAAAUGUUUAAAUAGUAUCAUAUGUAAAUGUAAAAUCUAUAAAUUAUUUCAAAUGUUUUGAUUUGAUAGUAUGUGAUCUAAAAUAUAAACUUUCAACACAAAAUUGUAACCUGCUGUCACUCAAACUGAGUGACAACAAUAUAGUCUAAGUUAAUUGUUUUUGAUGCUGAUGUUGUUUUAUUAUUUUAAAGUAUAAGCAACUGAAAAACAAAAAAAGGCUUAUUUUUCAUCGGUAUAUCAAAGUCUUCAUGAGAACAAAUUUGGUUAUUUAUAUUGUCCAAAAAUGACUUAAUGGGUUCAAGAGAAAGGCACACUGAAUCAUCACAUGCUAUUCAUGUGUGGCAGAUGCCAAGGACUGGGUGAAAUAGGCAAGGCGAAAUCAUAAUUUCUGGUAAUGGCUUUUUAAAAGAAACAUUGCAAGUAUUCUGCAUUGUAAGAUUAUCAUUACAUAUAAUUGUUUUCAUGCUUUGCAGAAGUGGUCUGCAGAUAUUAAAGAAAUACUUUGCACUGCUAAAUUGUUUUUUUGGUCCCAGAAGAUUUAUGCAAGUCUCACAGUUAUUCAGACCUUUAAAUGCUCAUUAAUCAGUGCUUACAAGUACAAAUGCUUGCAUUGUCUAAAAUGUUCUUAAAUGAAUCAUACUCCAUAGAGUUAGACUUUGCCAA